UUCAAAUCACCGCAGGCAUAAUAAUUGACAAAAUUAGCUCGAAAACUACUAGCUUCGUUUCUUAAUUAUCAAGGUGCUGCUAUCUUAAUACUUUCUCCAAGUGGAAGUAACACAUUCGAUUGGUCUAAUCAAUAGUGGAUCAGUUGAGAUGUGGAUUUCACUUGCUUUGAAUCAUUUAUUGUUCAGCCCAGUGAAGAAGAUGGAUCAUCUUUUGUGGAAUGCGGUCAUAUUUGCUGUGCUGGGUGUAACAUCGUGUUCGAGUUUGGGGAGUAAAAUUGAAUCAAACCUGACAUCGACAAACGUUCGUUACCGCAGAGAAUUCCCAUUUUACUCGCUUGGGCGAAUUCCGAACACGGUUUGUACGGGCACUGAUGGAUUAUCGGGAACGUGUCAAAUUCGAGGCGAAUGUGCUGCAAACGGCGGAAUUGCAUCGGGACGUUGCAGCACUCUCACGACUCAAGCCGUAUGCUGCGUUUAUAUUGGCACGUGUGGUGGAUCUGGAUCGAACAAUAUAACCUAUUUCCAAAACACAGGAUAUCCUACGCCAUUCAAUGGAGGUGGAACGUGUACUUAUACAGUAGUUCCGCCGGACAAUACCAUCUGCCAGUUGAGAGUGGACUUCAGUGCCCUGACGCUGUCGCAACCGAACGCGGAUGGAGUGUGUAAUGUGGAUAACAUCCAAAUUUCUGGCGGUAGCUCUCCGGUUCCAACUAUCUGCGGCGAUAACAACGGACAGCACGUUUACGUGGCCUUUAGUGGAACGAGCUCGAUCAGUAUCACUGUUUCGACGACGGCAUCUACAUCGUUUAGCCGAGUGUGGAAUCUCCAGUUGAGUAUGAUUUCUUGUACCAGUGCUUACGCAGCACCUGCAGGAUGUCUACAGUAUUAUUUGGAUGGCACUGGCAUUGUGCAGAGUUUCAAUUACGGGUCAGCAGCAAACCCGACAACCACUUCCUCAGUUGGCUCUCGACAGCUGGUUAAUCUAAAUUAUGGCAUAUGUUUCCGAUCAGGAGCUGGACAGUGCUCCAUAACCUAUACUCCGCCAUCGACAGAUAUUUAUGCGUUUACUUUGUCGGACCUUGUAACGAGCGAAAACAUGACCAAAUUGGGAACCGCUUCAGGCGGUUUUAAGGGAACGCAAUGCACCACAGACUAUCUAAUUAUUCCUAAUCCAACCGGGUUAACGGAUGACAGAUUUUGUGGUAUGGGAAUUGGAACAACUAUAAGUAAUACGACUCCCUUUGUUUUGUACUACAUCACAAAUGGUGACGAAAAAGGAGAUGAUGGAAAUCGAGGCUUUAGUUUUCAGUAUGCCCAAAAUGCGUGUCCAAUUUCCGUUGGCUAAAUGUUAAAUAAACAAUUCUUAGCCUAAGAAAGCUCUUAGUUAAUAACAGGGCCGAACUGCUAAUGGAGCCGAAACGUAAUACCAAGAGGAAGCAUCUGAAG